UGCCCGGAGGAGGACGGCGGUUGCGGCGGCGGCGGCGGCAGCGUAGCCGGCACCGGUGGCCCCGAGGCGGCGGCUGCGGUGGCGCUGGACGAGCUCCGCUCCUGGUGGGAAGUCCCGGCCAUCGCGCACUUUUGCUCGCUCUUCCGCACCGCCUUCCGCUUGCCCGACUUCGAGAUCGAGGAACUGGAAGCUGCUCUUCACGGGGAUGAUGUGGAGUUUAUCAGCGACCUGAUCGCUUGCCUUCUUCAAGGUUGUUACCAGCGCAGAGACAUCACAUCGCAGACGUUUCACAGCUACCUGGAGGACAUCAUCAACUACCGCUGGGAGCUGGAGGAAGGAAAGCCCAACCCUUUGCGGGAGUGCAGCUUCCAGGAGCUGCCCUUGCGCACGCGGGUGGAGAUCCUGCACCGCCUCUGCGAUUACCGCCUCGAUGCCGACGAUGUCUUCGACCUCCUCAAGGGCUUGGACGCCGACAGCCUCCGCGUGGAGCCGCUGGGCGAGGACAGCAGCGGUGCCCUGUACUGGUACUUCUACGGCACGAGGAUGUACAAGGAGGACCCGGUGCAGGGCAAAACCAACGGAGAGCUGGCUCUAGACAGGGGAUGUGGUGGGCAGACAAACACCCCAAAUGUUCCAGGGAAAACAGGCAAGAGACGAGGGCGACCUCCAAAGCGGAAAAAACUACUGGAGGAAAAUUUGCUGAGGGAGAAGGCAGAAGAAAACUUGCUUAUCCACGAGACUCAGAUAAGAAAUGGGUCCCAAGGGCCUGGCCGUGGAACAUGGUGGUUGCUGUGCCAGACGGAAGAGGAGUGGAGGCAGGUCACAGAGAGCUUCAGAGAGAGGACUUCCCUUAGAGAGAGGCAGCUCUACAAACUCUUGAGUGAAGACUUCCUGCCGGAGAUCUGCAACAUGAUUGCACAGAAGGAGAAGCGUCUGCAGCGGACAGAGUUUUCUCCCAGGUGGAUGUCUGACCAUCAGCCCAUCAAACCAAUCAAGCAGGAGGUAACCCCGAAUGUGCUGAGCUCAAUGGAGAAGCAGAGGCGCAGAGAGGAAGAGGAGGAGCGCCAGAUCCUUAUAGCAGUGCAGAAGAGGGAGCAGGAGCAACUGCUAAAGGAGGAGAGGAAGAGGGAGAUGGAGGAGAAGGUCAAAGCAGUGGAAGAACGAGCCAGGAGGAGGAAACUUCGUGAGGAGCGGGCCUGGCUGCUGGCACAGGGGAAGGAGCUCCCCCCUGAGCUUUCCCACUUGGAUCCCAGUUCCCCUGCCAGGGAAGAGCGAAGGACCAAGGAUAUCUUUGAACUGGAUGAUGAGUUCACAGCCAUGUACAAAGUUCUGGAUGUGGUGAAGGCUCACAAGGACUCUUGGCCCUUCUUGGAGCCCGUUGAUGAAUCGUAUGCUCCCAACUACUACCAGAUCAUUAAGGCCCCCAUGGAUAUCUCUAGCAUGGAGAAGAAGUUGAAUGGAGGUCAGUACUGUACCAAGGAUGAAUUUGUGGGUGAUAUGAAGACCAUGUUCAGGAACUGUCUUAAGUACAACGGUGAAGGCAGUGAAUAUACAAAGAUGGCUUACAACUUGGAGAGGUGUUUUCACCGAGCAAUGAUGAAGCACUUCCCUGGGGAAGAUGGAGACACGGAUGAGGAGUUUUGGAUCAGAGAGGAUGGGAGGCGAGAGAAGAGGAGCCGGCGGAGCGGCCGCUCUGGCGCAGGCAAUGUCUGGACUCGAUCACGAGACCCAGACGGGCCUGGCAAGAGACAACAACGCCUGGAAAAUGGAGGAAAGCCUCCACCAUAUCGAGCUACUUCCAGGGCUCCUGCUUCUUCCUCCUCCUCUUCUUCCUCCUCCUUCUCUUCAUCCUCUGUAGAUGACCCGAGUGGCAACCCAGCGCAGGCUGCUCGAGAAGUGGGCCCUUCCAAUGGGCGAGGCUUCCCCCGCUCCCUGCAGUACGGUGGCAUGCCCAGCCCUGUACCACAUCCUGGACAGAUGCGACCAGCGGUGCCCGGGACGUUUGGCCCUUUGUGUGGCUCCGAUCCCACAAAACUGUAUGGCUCUCCGCGAGUGCCCGAGCCCCAUCCUGGAGACCCAGUCCAGCAGCACCAGCACUUUGCCAUGCAGCCGGCUGUGGGACUGAGCGAGCACCGCGGGCACCGGCUGGGCACUCCGGAGAAGCAGGUGUGCACGGCACCGGCCCACGUGGCCGGCCUGGGCCCCCGGCUGGGCUCCCUGCAGCUGGGGCGUGUGGGCGGCCCCCCGCCCGACGCCAUCUACCCGCCGGUCCAGUUCCAGCAGGGCUUCCUCCCGCCACGGCACAACGGGCCCCCGGUGAAGCCGCCGGAGGGCUCAGAGGUCCCCCCAGGACACAUGUACCGGCCCUACAAGUACCUGAACCGUGCACAUCCAGCCGUGUGGAACGGCAGCCACGGCCCCGCUAGCCAGGCUGCCAUGGGGCCAGAGGAGAAGGCGCCCAUGGGGCCGGGGCCCUCGCUCCAGCCUCGUGUCCUGGGUCAUAUGAUGGACCCCCGGGCCAUGAGGCCACCACUGCCUCCCAACCAGUGGAGCGAGCAAUCAAAUUUCCUACCUCACGGGGUGCCUCCCUCAGGGUACAUCCGACCACCCGGGAAAGCUGCGGGUCAGAGGAUGCCGCAACCACCGGCUGCUCUGUUUGGGGGACCACCUCAGGUUCAAAGAGGGUGCCAGGGUGGGGACUCCAUGCUGGACAGCCCGGAGAUGAUCGCCAUGCAGCAGCUGUCCUCCCGCGUAUGCCCUCCGGGUGUGCCUUACCACCCUCGUCAGCCGCCCCCGCCGCACCUCCCCGGGCCCUUUCCUCAGCUGGCUCAUGCCGCCUCCGCCGGCGGCCAGCCCCCAAAACCCGUCAUGGGCAAUGGCAGCUCCCAGGAUCCCGCCGACCACACCAUGGACAUGGACAGCAACCAAGUGGAGAUACCGGCAGGCAUGGACGAGAAGGCUCAGUGCAUCAGCAUCCCCGACGGGGCCUACGCCAAACUCCUACCUCAUCCCAAACCCCCGUUGCCCAUGGAGUGCCCGAGGCGUGCCUUGCCCCCGGAUGGGGAGGGGGACGGCCCCGGUGUGAAGGGUGACCUGAAGGCAGGGCAGGGCAAGGGCGCGUGGUCGGCAGAGAGCGGCUACGGCGGCGACCCAGGCUGCGUGAGGGACUUGGUGCCCACCUCCGAAAGAGGGACUCCCCUGCCUCAGAAUGGGGCAGCGGGCGAGGGGCCAGCAGCUGGCCCAGAGGGCAAGGGGCUGGCUGGCAACCUGCUGGAGAAGCCCCUCUGCAGUGGGGGAAAGGCUCUGCCCGAAGCAACCGUGCCUUGCAUGGGGCAGGGCACCAGCCUCCCCGCUGUGGAUGCCACCUCCAUGGGGGCCACCCCCAACCAAUUUCAUCCUCUCUACGUGUCCAGUCUGGACUACCCGAAUUCAGCUGGGCGGUACCACAUCAACCCGGGCCUGCAGGGGUUCAGCCCCGUCAUGGGGGGGAAACCACCUCCUCCUGCCUCCCACACUCAACAUUUUCCCCCACGGGGUUUCCAGCCAAGCGGCGCCCACCCCAGUGUGUUCCCCCGAUAUCGGCCUCCCCAGGGAAUGCCAUAUCCUUACCAGCCGCAGCCCCAGCCCUCCUACCACCACUACCAGCGACCGCCCUACUAUGGCUGCCCACAGGGCUACUCGGACUGGCAGAGACCUCUCCACUCGCAGGCCAGCCCCAGUGGGCACCCCAGCGCCCACCCGCCCCUGGCCAGGCCCCCCUUCCCAGAGCGGGGCUUGCAGGGCUGCGAGGCACUGAGUGCUGCCCUGGCCUCUCCCAACCGCAUGGACGUAGCAAGUGCCAAAGAGGUUUCUCCAAGCGACGGGCAGGAGCUGGGGCCUGAAGAUGAGAAGUCUGAGGAGUCCCAGGAAAGACCGGAGAGUCCCAAAGAGUUUCUUGAUUUGGACAACCACAACGCAGCCACCAAGAGGCAGAACUCGGUGGCAGCGGGGGAGUUCAUCUAUGGAGCGCCCCCGCCACACCUGGGUGCAGGGAUGGGAUUCGGCUCCUCGGCUUUCCCUCCCCAUGGGGUGAUGCUACAAACUGGCUCUCCUUACGGAUCCCGGCAUCCUGCCAGCCACUUCCAGCCCAGGACGUAUGGAUCGCCCAUGAAUGCUCACCUGUCUCAUCAUCCAGCCUCCAGCCAGGCCAAUGGCUUCUCUCAGGAGGGCCCCCUGUACCGCUGCCGAGAGGAGAACGUGGGUCACUUUCAGGCCUUGCUGAUGGAGCAGAGAGGCACUGGAGGUGGCAUGGGGGGACCACCCCAGGACUUGUAUAGACCCUCGGGAAUGCAAAUGCAUCAGGCUCAAGUUCCUUUCCCGAAGAUGCCUAUAGCAACCAUGUCCCGGGAAGAUCUGACAUCACAAAAACCAUCAGCAUUGCCUCUGGAUCAAAGCUAGUCCAAGAAAGGACGGACUUCAUGAAGACAAAAGCCACACAUGAUUUGGACAACAGAGAGGAGGGGCAUGCCUUGCUCCCACCCUCCCCUCACCCGAGCAGCGUGGAGCUUCCUGGGUCUGUGGAACACGGAGCCGUGCCAGAUUUUGUGUUGGAAACCCUCAACGGUGCUGGGCUCCAGCCGGCCAAGCAGCUGGCUCACCAUCACAGAGCACACCAAACUAGUGGCUUUUGGUGACUGCAGACUGCGUCUCAUUCAGGGUUUGAGGGAUUUUUCGGGUGGGGAGGGCAGGGGUGGGGGUGGAAACUUUCAUUGACUGCUAAACUCAGGUAUAUUUUUCAGGGUGGAAGAGGACGAUGAUGGAAUUUUACUUGUAGUAUUAACGUGUGUGUUUUGGAGCUGGAUCCAGUUUACAGAAUUUAACCUGUUGCCUUUCUAAAUAAAUUUUUGUUGUUCGUGAAUGUAUUGUACAUAAUGGGGGAGGGGGUGGGCCCAGAUUGUAGUGGGCUUAGCACUGGAGGAAUCGUUAACUGUUUACAAUCAUAUCACACUGAAAUUUUUCAGGAUAGGGUGAGGGCUUGGGGGGACUGGGGAGAGAUGAGGAAAUGUGUGAUGGAUGACUUGCUGUCCUCCUUCCUGUCCUCUGCAACCAAGACACAACCCCAUGGUUGAUUGACUUCAUAGUGGGAAUUGUUCAGGAGCAUAACAUGUCCUCUUCUUCCUCUUGCCUUCUCCCUCCUUCCCCUCUCACCCCCACCUCCACCCCUCUGGAUCCAGGGCCUGAGUGCACUUCCAGCUCCUGUCAUUGUGGGGGAACAAGGAAACCAGGACCAGGAAUGGAAACCAGGGCAGGACUCCCAUGGCAUUGUCCCUUCUGCUAGUAUAGUUUCUGAUAGAAGAAAUGUGUGGUCUAGAAAAGACAAAAUGGCAUAACUGGUCAGCUUAAAACUUAUUUUGGUGAAACCAGUGCAGCUGCAGCUACACUCUGCAGCUACUAUCCAGUAGAACAAAUUUUGUGCAAAUUUGUACUGCCCUGCUGCCUGAGAAGAGGAACCAAGUCCCCACCUCUUUCUCUGACCCUAGGCUAUAUUCACUUUUUAGCAGCAAUGAAGCAGAAAGUGCCACAGGCUUCCUUGCACUCCUGCUGAGGAGGAAGAGCAAGAAGAUGUCCUGGGGGAAUGGUAGGAUUACUGCAGUGUGAGCCAUUUGUUGGAUUUGGCAUUUGCAAGUUGCAGGUGAAUUGGAAAGCACUCAAACACUCAUUCAGAGUUAGAUGUUGAGGUUGAUUGGCUCAGAAGCUGAGGGACAAGAGGGCUCAACGCUCGAGUUGAGUUGGUUUAAUUUUCUUGUCAGGCAGCAGGUCCUACAAGGCCAGUGGCAGCUUCCCUGAGUACAGUGGCAUUACUGCACUGGGAAAAACCCUGUGUGCCACUGCUCUUCAAAUGAGUUCCACAGAAAUUUCAUCUGCAUUUGUUCACAUCUUAAAGCUAACAAGCAGUUGAUUAUUCUUGGGGAAACUGGGGAAAAAUUGGGGAGUUGUUAAAUUAUGAGACUGGGCAGCAAGAGCCUCUGUGAGUGUAGCUCUUGUGAGCAGGCUGCUGUUUGCACUGGGAGAGGACAGUGGUUAAAAAGAGGAUCUGCCAAGGAGUCAGGCAGAGGAUGGCAGCAGGAGGACAGAGCAGCAUGGUCUUUAAUCUGUGCUACCAGCUAGAGGAGGGAUAUUGUCUCCAGUUUGUGGAGAAUUUUUCUGUCUGCUUUCUUGUCUUGGAUGGUGCCAUCACCCAUAUCUUUACCUGUCAGUUACAUCUGUCAAUGUAAUGUGAAUGACUUCCAAUAUCUAUGUACAGAUUCCGUUACAUUAGGAAAGGGAAAGUGAGGUUUUUGGUGUGGGGCUUUUUAAAAAAUUUUUCUCACUUGUAUUCAUCUGUCAGGGAGCAAUUGUGACUGGUGGAUUGAUUGAAACUGGAAGAGAUGAUCCUGGAGGUUGACCAUUGACUGAGAAAUGGGUAACUGCUUUCCCCAGCCAAGAACAUGAUGUUAUGUCACUUCCAAAUUUGUCCCAAAUCUGGCUCAUCAGCUGGCAGUGGUUUUCAGAGCUGCCCCAGCUGCUCCAAAAGGCAGGCUUACAUCCUUCCCUGAACAGUGCCACAGAAGCAGUAGUAGAUAUUAUUGAAAAAUGGUGCAAGUAUAACUCUUCUCUAAGACAACAAACCUGGGACAAAACCAGUUGUUUCUCCUUGUAAAGCGGUCUGUAGUUCACUGUAGAUAUAAAAAUAAUUGGAAGUAGCAGAUUAAAAAACAGAGGAACUGGAAAAUAUAACUUGUAGCAAAGCAUUGAAGAGUCUGGAAAUGUGAAUGUAGAUUCUGCAAAGCCCUGCCAUACUUCAGCCUGUCUUCUGUAUCACAGGCAGCUGAAUAUUUGAAGUGCCUUUUAUUCAGCCCAUUGUGAAUGUUGCAGAACAGGAGGUUUUUAGAAGGUAUAAAAACUCUCCAGGCAAGCUGAAGCACACUUCAGCUGGAACUGGCACUGAAAACAUGGUUCUAGUGGUCAUGGCCUCUGGAUUAGUACCAAGCCUCAAUCAAAACAGGAGACAACUAAACAGGGCAAGAAUUGCUUGUGGUCUGCCUGGAGAGGGUAGUGGAGUGUUAGGCAGUGAUAGAUACCCUCACCUGACAUGAGGCAAAUCUGGGAGAAGGGUUUGACUUGCAGGUGGCAGACAAAACAAAGUAAUGAAGCUGACUCCUCCAGGGAGGGUUUCUAGGUAAAUGGCUUUUGAUGUAGUCAGUAAUUUUUUAUUAAAGUGGCUAACAAGCUGCUGUUUUGAGGACAGAUGGUUUCUGUUAGAAGAGUACUCAUAAAGAAUAGAGGGAGCUAUGGCUGGGCUUUUGUGAGGACAGGACACACUGAGGUGGAGAGAUGCUGGUGGAGCCUUAGAGUUUCCAGACUUUCAAAUGCUUUGUUCGUAAGUGAGGGUUGGGGGUUUUUCUUUCCCUUUUACAUUAUCUAGGGAUCCCCUCAAAAUCAGAGCUUAAUCUCACCAGGUACAAUCUGAGCAAAUCACUGAAAACUGACCCACCUGAGAGGACAUGGCCCUGGGAGAGGAUUUCUGGGCUGGAAUACCUGUGCAAAUGUAAGGAGGAGCAGAUAAUGUGCAUUUUAUGAUUUCCAAACCAUGCUGCUUUGUAGAUGUUGUUGAAGAGAGGUUUGGGGAAUUUAGAAGAGAGGCAUUGCAGCUCUUUAUGUAGAGUGGUGUUUUUGUUGCCCAUGGGUUGGCUUGCAGUGCAGGACGAGUGCAGCUGCAUUUUAAAAUAGCAUGGCUUUUGAGUGCCAUACUUGGUGCCAUUAUCUAAUUUUUUUAACACAAUACAGAGAAACUCUAGGGCAUCCCCCACCAUUGCUGUAGUACAAUGUAUUACCAAGUGGUCCUUUUUCAAAAAGCAUCCUAAACUAGUGACUUUGCAAAAUUUCCUGUAGCUAUUACUUUUCCUGUCUGGAGGACGUGUUUUGCUAUAAUUACGGAUUUCAUGUUAAAUGAGAUUAUAUAAUACACAGAAUAACUAUGAAGUUUGCCAUGCUCAAGCAUGACAAAAAUUUCCAAUAUUCUCAGAAGAGCUUUGUAUGUUACUAUCUUUUUAGCCUCUUGCUCUCCCCACCACUUCCCCCUUUCUAAGUGGUGCAUGGUGUUCCCAAGCUCCCAGGAUGUCAAGUUGCCUUUGCAUAGCCCAUUGUAUAAAACCCCCCUGAAUCUUUGGGCAUCUUAGGUGGUAUAGGCCCUGGCAAUUCAACUGGAAGGGGCAGUCACUGAGGCUUCACUAUGACUUUUAGCUGUGUUCAGAAGUUUUCAGUCUAUAAAUUCCAUGAUGUGACCCACCAAACCACUCAGUAGCAAUCCAAGGCACCAGCCUGCAAUGAGGAGGACAAAAGAGGAAAGUAAAUUUGAAGCUUCAAGGCCCAACUGGUUUGAUUUGUGACUUUGAAGUAGAUGGAGACACUUCUUGGAAGCUUCUGAUCCCUUGUUGUCUGCCAAAUGCCUUUCCCAUGCAGAGUUUCUGAAGCAAAUCGCCUGUGUAUAUUUUUGUAAGUGUGGUUUCUCAGGGUCUUGGAGAGCUAUCAGCUUUAUGAUGUCUUAUCUGAAAGCAAGUCACAGAGGCUGUCUUUCAUUCUGCUGACUGAGGCAGCUCCCCUGCAGGUUCUCACACCAACACUUCUCCAUUUAAAAUGAAAGUAUAAUCAGAAAAUAACCUUUCUUUGUUUUUUCCACUGAUCUCUGUCUGACUUUUGUUCAUCUCUCUGUUCAACCAGGGUGGUUUCUUUGUUCUUGAUGGCUUUGUUCUGCUUUCCUUUUCUCAAAAGACUGUGGUGCUGUAUGCUCUGUGGAAUUUCAGAGAAGGUGCUGAAAUGAGUGACAGGGAAGUGUCAGCCCAAAGGGUGGCUUGGAGAAGACCAACAGUGGAAUCUGUGAUGGUGUGGUUGGUCCUGGUUCCCCUUGUUGCAGAGCAGCCAUGCGACUGGGUCUGCACUUAAUCAGAGCAACCCCUUAAAAAGUGCUUAUUGUGGUGCAUCAGUGGAGGAAUGGAGGAGUUUGCUCUUGCAUAAUUCCUCUUUCGCUUUAAGGCCAGUGCUGGUGGUUGCAGAGCAAUUGUGUGAGUGCCAGGUCCUUCCUGCAAGGCCUGGAUGGAGAUAGGCUGUGCAAGGAGGGCUGCAGCUGCAGCCCCUGUGAGCUUUAAGAGCCUGUGCUUAUUGUAAGGGAGAAAGCAUCUCAAAGGUUGCCCUCACAGCCUGUCCCCAUCUGUACCUGUUGAACAUAGAUGGGGUGAGCACGAUGCAGAGGAGACCUCUUUUAGCCAGCACACAAUGACCUGCACACUCUGCCCACCUUCCACUCUGAAAAAGAGCUGGGGAGGGACCCCUUUCCAGCUGUGUCCCCAUAAGAGUUCCUGAGGACAAACAGGGCAAGGCUCAUCCACCCCUAGGCAGCGAAAUUCAGGACAGGGUUUAAUGAAUUGGGAACUAGAUAGUAACAUCCAAGUGUACCUUUGAAAUCACUGUGUUGUGCCCUUCCCUUUUUGGUCACUGUCUCGCCAUGGCUCACAAGCAGGAUUUGAGAGACCAUGGAGCAUUUUGUAGACCUAACACAGCUGGUCUUGCAUUGACUGAGGGCCUUCUUCCUUCAUUUGCAGCCAUGGCCUAGAUUUCUUUUGGGAAAAGUCUUCCUUUUUUUGAAACAUGGAUAUCAAAGUGAACAGUGCAUCCAGGAGAGAGCAAGAGCCAGCCAGGCACAGUGGUGUCUGUCCAUCUGUCAGUACAAGGAUUUGCUCCAGGUCCCAGUGUAGGGUUCCCACAUGUGAUCCUGGCAUGUCUACCUCCAGGAGGGUUUAGGUUUAAAAUGGUUGUGCAUAUACUGUGAAAACUCUUGUCUCUCCUCCUUAAUGGAUCAAUGAACACUAUUGCCUGAUCUUUUUCUGAGCAAUAAUAGCGUGCAGCAGUGCAACUUUGACAUUCCUGUACUGUUUUAGGGCUAAGAUGGCUAUGGAACACACUUGGGGGCAUCUUCACAGUCUCAGUGGGAAGCAAGGUGCUCUCUGGGGCUCUACAUUUUACCAUGUCACAUUCCUGCUUUCCCAGAGACUGGUGGGUUGAUUUAGGUAGCCAUGAGAGAGCUGGUUGCUGCUUCUGUGUUUAGGAAGGCAGAGAGGGAAGGGAACACUUGGGUAAAGUUGAGUCCUAUCCAUCCAUCCAUCCAUCCAUCCAUCCAUCCAUCCAUCCAUCCAUCCAUCCACAGAGCAGAGCACAUGGAAGAGGGGUGGGUGGACCACUGAUUUAAUGCCUCUGAGGGAGGACAGUGGCCCACUGCUGCUUCACUUGGCAUUGCUGGGGAGGGAGUGGGGGAGCCUAUGCCACUACAUCCAUUAAUUUUUCUGAAGUUGGGUAACAUUGAGGUUGUUUUUGUAUUAUUGUAAGUUUGUAAAGAAUGUAAUCUGUCUGUCGGGGGCACAAGGAGAAAAUGGGGGCCUUUCUCUUUUGGGUGAGGCUGUUCUUAUGUUGCUGUGCUUUUUGUUGUUGAGCAGGGAGAGGUCUAGUGGCCAUGGAGGCAAAAGCCUGGCCCUUGUCAAUGGCUUGCAGCUGUCCCAGGGUGACAGGAGGGUGAGCUGAGGCUGCAGCAGAGACCUCCUACACCAAGCUGUGAAAACACCUCUGCCUGUGUCCCUCAGUGGGAAAAUCUGACCUCUGCAGUGGGGCUCUGCACUGGCAUGUUUUGCUGGGUGCUGGGAUAUGGACUGGGCUUGCUUGACCUCAGCUCAGUUGGAAACUGGGCUGAACAGCUGUCCAUGCUGUUUAGGAAAGGCUGGGUGGGAGCAGUUCAUCAGCUCGAGAAGGAGUUCAUGCUGGAGCUGUUCAUCCCAGCACUUCUAUCCCCAGCAGGGCCUCAGGGGCUGCACCUCUCCAUCACCUGCUGCCCCUUGCCUCCCUCCCCAUCCUGUAGAGCACAGUGUCAGGGAUCCUCCUCUCUCCUGCUGCUGCAAAGUUGUGUGAACUUUCCUGGUCAAUACUGGAAAGGGGAAUGCUAUUUAUUUUUAUAUUGUGUAUAUUUUGUCUUGGUCUGCUGAUUACCUUUGUUCCCCAAGAGCGACAGUUACCUCAAUAGUUAGUUUAAUACUGUGUGUUGGGUAAUUUUUUUAAAGAACUUUUUUAAAAUCUUGAUCCUUGGAGGUCUGUAGAUUUUAUUUCCAUAUGAAUUGGUUAUUUUGUAUAAAGUACAUUCUUAAAAUAGCAA